AGAUGUAAAAGUGACUGAUGACGAACUGCCCUGGCUUGUGAAACCGCCUUCACACUGCCCGCUUAUUGGUCAGGUUAGCCCACGUGUGUGGAAUACUGCAAGCUGAUUGGUCAGGCGAGUAUGCACGUUUCUCGGUCACCUUGUCUCUCACGAGCUCGGUAUGUGGCGGAGUGUGUCAGUGCUGACAUGGAGCUGGAGCAGCGAAAAUCUCUCGUUACUCCUAAACACGGCUUCCUCCCCAUACCUAACGCUAACAGGACAGACAGAAACUCGGAUAAGGAGUGCGAUCCGGAAAAGAACCAUGAAGUGAAAGAGCAGUGCGUUCCUGAUGAUGAUCUGGUGAACAUCAACGUAUCAGGCACGAUGUAUAUCACCAGUUACACUUGUCUCAAUAUGUUCCCAAACACACUUCUCGGUAACGAGGAGCGCCGCAAACAGUACUACUCCGAGAAACUGGAUGCCUACUUCUUCAACAGACACAGACCGUGCUUCGAUUCCAUACUUAACUACUAUCAAACUGGAAAGGAAGCGCCACCGUUAAACGUUGAUCCGGACGUGUAUGCAAAAGAGAAGGAGUUUUUUGGCAUAAAGAAAGAACGUGAAGUGGCAGUGUUCAUCCCCGAAGGAGGUGGGUCAGAUGGGAUAGAUUGUGUUAAUUCUUGCAGGAUGAAGGUUCACAAUUUCUUACAAGACCCAAGAUCGUCCUCCUUAGCUGCUGUUUGGCAUGGUUUUGAUAUAAUUUUCAUCUGUAUAUCUAUAGCAUUAUGGUUCUUGAAAGUGAAAAGGCCUAUGAAGAUCAUUUCACGAACAAGAAAAAAACGUCUUCCUACUACAAACCUCUGUUUAUCGUUAACUGCAUAAUCAUGGGAUUCUUCACCACUGACUUUAUGGUCCGGCUUGUAACCUGGCCGAGCCUCCUGGACUUCUGGAAAAAUCUGUUCAACGUGUUGGACAUUCUAUCUAUUCUGCCUUUUUAUGUCAAUUUAAUGGUGGAUGACAAUACCGAUAGCGACAUAGCGGGUGAGGAUAAUAAGCAGCACUACGUCGUUCUGAGGGUCUGCCGAAUCUUCAGGAUCGUGCGAAUAUUCAAGUUUGUAAGACACUCCCGAGAUCUUUUAAUCAUCAUGAAGGCUGUGAGCAACGCCAAACGGGAGCUUAUCCUUCUUAUAUGCUUGCUCUUUAUUUUUGUCAUCACAUUCGGAAGUAUUAUGUACUACAUCGAGGCUGACGCCAACGAAGAUUUUAAUUCCAUUAUGAAGAGUUGUUGGUGGGUGAUUGUUACCAUUACGACCGUGGGAUAUGGUGACAUGUAUCCAGUGAGUGUAGGUGGUAAGCUCUUCGGUGGAUUCGUCCUCACCCUCGGAAUCGUCUUCCUGGCCCUGCCGAUGACCAUCAUUGUAUCCAAAUUUAGUUUUGUUUACGAGAGGGAAAAGAUGUAAACGGUUAAAAUGUGUUUAACUGCACGAACAGCAUAUCUUUAACACGCAAUGGAGGAAUAGCCAUGUCACACGACAGAUUAGGAAGAAAAGUCAGAUGUAAAAGAGCCUUGAAACGAGAAGGAAAAACUUGUCUCCAAGGACAGAUCCGUCAACAGAGGUGACAAUAAUCCAAGUUAAUUAAUUAUAAGAAUCGAAGUGUUACAGUUUCAGCGAAGCUCAUAUAUAUCAACUGUGAUAUACAAAUAAAUAAUUUUCUAUAUAGAAUUUUGCAAUUUUUUAUUCGUGCAUUGAUGUCCGCAAUUCUGAAAGCAAGCGUGAAAUUUGUACGAUGUGAUUUAGGGAAUAUUUGCGGAAGAAAUGCUUUGCUGCGUUUAGACAAUUGGACUAAGUGUUACGUGCUAAGUUCUUAUUUAUAAUUAGUUCGAAGGAAAGACAGAGCGACCACGUAUUUUGACGCUCAAAUAUAGUAAUGUCUUGUAGUUUUGCAGGAAAUUAUUGCAAUAAAAAUGCAUCUUUACUACAUUCACUCGCCACAGGGAUUAAGUGAUGAAUUCUUUAGAUUUUCUUACACUCCUUCGGAAUAUGUUUUUAUGUUUUACUCAGUCUGUUAAACGUGGUAUAAACCUAAUUAGAGUACAAUGAAAAGGCACGCGCAUGUGCGUGUGAUCCUUUUGCUGCUAGGUGAGUGGCGAGUGCACGUGCAUUGUAAUGUUUAUAAAUAUAAUUGUAUUGUAAUUAUGUUUAUACUACUAUAAGGUAGUUGGCACUACUUCAGGCUAAAUGGAAUAAUAUGUCACAUGUAUUGUUGAUAUUGGGUGCAAUGACAGGUCACACGUUGUGAGAACGUCACUGUCAUUAGUUGACUAUAGUUUUUACACGUUUUUUCCAAUUGUUUCCAAAUAAUUACUAUUUCUUGGAUUGGCACUCCGCACUUAUGUAUUCCGAUGCGAAUCUUAUUUAAUUGAUUCGGGAAUUCAACAGUAUUAUCGUGCAUCUGAAAAUUACGAGGGUUAAGUUUAAGUCUUGAACGUAAAUUAUUUCUGUUUCAAGCUUAAGUAUUAAGAAUCUAUUAAUUCGUAUUUUUAAAAAGUUGAAAAAAUGUGGUAUUCAUAAAUACCAAAUUUAGAGUAUCUUUUACAUUUUAUGAAUAGCAACUACAAAUGAUUGAAAUGACGUGAAACGUGAAAAAAGCGAUUUGUAGAAACUUUGAAAUUUGGUAUUCAUGAGUGCCAAAUUUGUUAAACUUUUUAUAAAUACAGCUUAUUAUGUAUUAGAUUUUUAAACACCUACAUAAUAAAUGAUAUACGCUUGCUUUUCUUUAUAGGUUCUUACAGUUACAUUAUAUCACAAUGCUGUUUAAGGAUUCACAUUUUAUUACUUGUAAUUAUAAUUUGUAAUUUGUAAAGUUCGUAGAUUCCUCUACAGGGUCAUCGAAUAGUUCGA